AUGAAACGUCCGUUGCUACUUCCUUGUUGCUCAUGUGAUUUGUGUUUUGGUCUUUCAGGGAAGUCAUGGCCGGCAGGUACCCGAUAGUGGUCCAGGGCGAAGCGUCUGAAACAGACUCCGAUGAUGAAGUCUACAUCACCUCUCUGACUCCCUCGGUCGGAGCCAAGGUUCCAGGGGAGGCGUCUGAAACGGACAGCGAGGGCGAGCCGGAGCAGGCUCCUGGGAGCCAUGACAGCGCUCAGAUAUUAAAGAGAGACCUCCCUCCUCUAAUUGUAGUUAGAGACCACCCUGACAUGCACUCCAUAGUGGAAGACAGACCGAGCCCCUCACACAGGCCACACGGUGAGACCCUGUUACAACAAAAGCUGCAGGAGUCUAACAGCCGACUGUAUUCUGAUGUGGGACAGACACUACGACAAGUCUAUGGCAGUGCCAGCAGGGAGGUGCGCAGUGCAACAUCACAGCUGAAUGCAUCGCAGAGCGCCAUCAUCAACGCGUCCCACAGCAUCAGAUUAAUCCUGGACGACCUGAAGGCUGUUUCUGAAAAGAUUGACAUCAUCACCAGCUAUCAGAUAUUGCCUGAUAUAAACAUUAAUCAUUUAAAUAAUUAUACUGCUCCUGCACCUUAAAUUGUUUUUUUCAAAACAAACAUAUUGUGAUGUUUGAUCAUUGUUAUGGGUAUAUUUUCUCCGAAUACCAGAGUGAGCUGGACAAAAUAACACGUUGGCUUCUUUAUCUAAAAAUGCAGUACGUGUACACACAUGGAUUUAACAAUCACACACUACACCUGUUCUAAUGCUAGCCGUCCUCGUUAAUGGAGUUACGAUAGUUCUGUCAUUUCUUGAUUUGCAGAGUUACACUUGGAUUUAUAUUUUACAUAGAACUGGAGAUGAUCCACUUGUUCCCUCCAACACUGUUUUUAUGUCACUAUUUGAUGAUUUUUUUAUGAGGCACAUCCUGUUCUUUCCCUGCUGUUUGCCAGUCCUCUGUGAUGGGUCAAAGAAGUAGGCUUGCAGCUAUAAAUAAAAAUUUGGGUUAUUUCUUCCUGUGUAUAUAAAAAAUGAAUAUUUGCUU